CGUUCCUAUCAGUGUGUGAGAAACCUCCGUAGCUGUGAGACUUAUUUGUGUCGCUAAAAAUCACUCAAAAUGGAUAAAAAUAAACUAAUUGAACUUGUGCAACAACAUCCAGCCCUUUACGAUACAACGCAUCAAUCCUAUCACGAUAUGAGUGUCAAGAAACAGGCGUGGAAGAGUAUUGCACGUGAACUUGACCUUCCAAUGGAGAAAAUUCGUAGAAGAUGGACUAGUCUGAGGGAUUCCUACAGACGUACUUACGCGAAGCAUAAGGGCCCAAAACCAGAAAAUGCAUCUGACCACAUUCCCCUCAAAUGCUGGGUGUUUGGGAUGAAAAUGUCAUACCUAUAUCCAUUCUUGAGAAUGAGACGUAAUCAACAAGAUCUGGAUGAAGAAACCGUAGAUCCAUUAUCAGACAACGAAGAGGCUGCUAUGGAAUGUAUUCCUGUUCUAUCGCCAUCUGCCUUCAAGGAAGACUCUCACACCUUUCCAUCAACUGGAAUUCAACACGAUUUCAUGGAGAGUAAGAACAACGAUGGAAUUGACGACACAGGAAGUGUUUCUUCCGCAGAAUUUCCAACAUUGCCUGAGAAUCAGGAGACAGUGGUUGUUUCCCUACUCAAGCAUAUCCUGAAGGAACGUCAAGAAAUCGAUGAUAUUGGGCAGUUUUUUGAGUGUAUGGCCACAACUGUUCGUACCUUUCCUCCACAGUACAGGGCUCAGGUGAAAACAAAGGUGUUUGAGAUUGUUAACAAAACGGAAUUGGAGAUUCUAAGUAAGCCAUCUUCUUCAAGAUCCUUUAAUUCUUAGAGUUCUUUAAUAAAGAUUUACCGGCUUAAGCUGUAAUACUUUGAAAAUUUAAAGAUCAAUAAAUAUUAAAAUGAAUGAAAAA